GCUAAAUCAGCGGGAAAAUAUCUAAGCUUGCAGCACUGGUCACUGUUUCCACCUACUGUGCAAAUUUCAUAAAACCCUAAUUUCAAUUGAAAAUAAUUGGUUUUACUUGAUCCGCUCUUAAGCCGCAGUAAUGGUAAGUACGCCCAGGCCCUCACUGUAGCCGCCAGAAGCCGGGAAAGCGAAAAUUGGCCACCCAGUGUGCCUGUAAUUCGAGAAAAAGCAAGCCGAAAAUCCGAUCCAACCCGCUGACUGUGCCUCUGUCGACGCAAGUGGAGCUCCUGAAGGGGAGACGAGAGCGGAGAAACAACGCCCCCUCCACCAAUCUAAACAAUCAACCAAACCCACCAGCAUGUACCCCUGGAGCUCGUCCUCGUACGGUGGACAGGUGUCCAGUUCCUCCUUCCCCCGGACCAUGCCGAAUGGUUUGGAUGACCAGGAGAAGCUACUCGCCGAGGCGAUCGGAGCCGCCCGCAAGCAGGCCUUCCAGAUGAACCAUUUCCUGGACAAGGAACGGAUGCUGGACUCGCUCAAGUGUGCCAGUACGAUGCUCACUGAGCUGCGGACCUCGCUGCUCUCCCCCAAGAGCUACUACGAGCUGUAUAUGGCUGUGACCAACGAGCUGUGCCACCUGGAGCUGUAUCUUAGCGAGAAAAGCGACAAAAAGACGGAUCUUUACGAACUUGUUCAGUACUCUCACACCAUUGUGCCCCGCCUGUACCUCCUGAUAACCGUGGGCAUUGUUUACAUUAAAAACGACUCAACGUUGAAGCGUAGCAUCCUAAAGGAUCUGGUGGAGAUGUGUCGCGGAGUUCAGCACCCGUUAAGGGGUUUGUUCUUGCGCAACUACCUGCUACAGUGCACUCGCAACAUUCUGCCCGACGUAAUGGUAAACACCAACGAGCACGAGGGUAAUGUCUAUGAUGCAAUAGACUUCGUUCUAACGAACUUCGCCGAGAUGAAUAAGCUGUGGGUGCGCAUGCAGCAUCAGGGUCACUCCAGCGAAAAGACGAGGCGUGAGAAGGAGCGCGAAGAGCUCAAGAUCCUGGUGGGCACUAACUUGGUUCGACUGUCGCAAUUGGAGUCGGCCACGCUGGAGACAUACCAGAAGCUUAUCCUGCCAGGUAUCCUUGAGCAAGUGGUCAGCUGUCGGGAUGCUAUUGCCCAGGAAUACCUUAUGGAGUGUAUCAUUCAGGUGUUCCCCGAUGAGUUUCAUCUCCAGACACUAGACCCCUUCCUCAAGUCUUGUGCCCAACUGGAAACUGGAGUGAAUGUCAAAAACAUUAUUAUAUCACUGAUUGAACGACUAGCGGCCUAUAAUCAGCGGAGCGGCAAGACCAGCGGUAAUGCAAUUGAUGCCAUCAUACCCGCUGAGGUUGAGCUGUUCGAGGUCUUUAGCGUCCAGGUGGCCAAUAUAGUGCAGGCACGCACGGAUAUGCCCUUGGAAGACACUAUUUCAUUGCAGGUUGCUUUGCUAAGCUUGGCUCAGAAAGUGUAUCCUGAUCGUGUGGAUUAUGUGGACAAAGUGCUGGGCACUACCGCACAAAUCCUGCAGCGCAUGAACAUGAACAACAUUUCACAUCUGUUGUCCGUGAAUCAGGAGUUGUCCAGGCUACUGCGGAUCUGCAUCGACUUCUACAACAACGCACUAACUAUUAUCCAACUGAACAACUUCUGCCCCCUUCUGGAAAAGUUCGACUACACCUCCCGAAAAUCUCUGGCCUUGUAUUUGGUGAUGAACAUCUUAGACAACGAGACUCUUGUAACCACGGCCGACCAGGCGGACAGCUUACUGACCAUUAUCACACCUCUUAUCAAGGACGAUGAUACGAACAAGGACAACCCAGCGGUCGCAGGGGUCAACAGUGCAGACGCAGAGGAGUUUGCCGAGGAACAGGGCGUUGUGGCAAGGUUCAUCCAUCUUAUGCGUUCUGAUGAGCCCGAUAUGCAGUACAAAAUGCUGCAGACUGCCCGCAAACAUCUUGGCAACGGUGGCGGCCCACGUCUGAAGCAUGUCUUACCGCCCCUGGUCUUUGCUGCCUACCAGCUGGCGUUCAAGUACAAGGCCAUUUCUGAGCAGGACGAAAACUGGGACAAGAAGUGCCAAAAGAUUGUGCAGUAUUGCCACAGUACCAUCAGUGCUUUGGCCAAGGCUGAUCUGGCCGAUCUGGCGUUGCGUUUGUAUCUGCAGGGAGCUCUGGUCAUCGGCGAGAUUGGCUACACGAACCACGAGACAGUGGCCUAUGAGUUUAUGACGCAGGCGUUUUCGUUGUACGAGGACGAGAUCUCCGACUCAAAAGCCCAACUGGCAGCCAUAACGCUGAUUAUGUCCACCUUCGAGCAGAUGUCAUGCUUCGGAGAGGAGAAUGCCGAGCCCCUGCGGACGAACUGCGCGCUGGCCGCUUCCAAGUUGCUGAAAAAACCGGACCAGUGUCGUGGUGUGGUGGCCUGUGCAGCUCUUUUCUGGAGUGGCAAACAAAACGGUGAGGAGAUGCGUGAUGAGAAGAGAACCCUGGACUGCCUGAAGAAGGGUGCUCGCAUUGCCUCACAGUGCUUGGACACUGGAGUGCAGGUCCAGUUGUAUGUGGAGUUGCUGAACCAUUAUUUGUUUUACUUUGAGCGCGGAAACUCGCUUAUCACGGUGGCCAUGCUUAACCAGCUUAUUGCCAAGGUUAACGAAGAGCUGCCCAACCUGGAGCCAAGCGAGGAGACCAAGCAGAUUGAGAGCCACUAUAAAAAUACACUGGCACACAUACGCAGUCGCAUGGAGUCCAACGAUUCAACGUUGGAGGUCUCCUUUGCGGGCAUCACCCUCAACUAGAUCAGCCCACCCACCUUGGACACAUCCAGCACUAAACGGAAAGCUGAACGCCAGGAGGGCGUGCUGUUAGUUAUCCAAAUGGCCGCAGGUCGUUAUGGCAUCAAAAUUGCAUGUGUGAAAAAUGAAAUUCCAUGGUUAGGAAAGUUGUGGGCCUUCGACCAAACAGCAGAGUGCUUACUGACUUUUGUUUUGUCAAUUUAAUUUCGAUCGCGUAAUUGUAAGUGCAAAGUAAAAAAACAUUCUUGAUUAUUUUUCCUGAUUUAA